AUGGCGAAGAAGGACAAAGCUAGGGUUCCCGAUGACGAACAACAAAUCGAUUCUGAACCUAACAACAACCAUCAGACCCUCUACGAGUUGCUUGUUCCCCGUUGUUGGUUCACAAUGAUGUACAAUUUUGUUAGGUGGUGUGACUCCGCAUUGCGGCUUCAUCCUGACAAGAACCCUGGCGAUGAGGAAGCUAAAGAGAAGUUUCAGCAACUGCAAAAAGUAAUCUCAAUUCUUGGGGAUGAAGAGAAACGAUCGCUUUAUGAUCAGACUGGUUGUGUUGACGAUGCUGACCUCUCUGGUGAUGUUGUUCGGAAUCUUAGUGAGUUUUUCAGAACAAUGUAUAAGAAGGUAACUGAAGCUGAUAUUGAGGAGUUUGAAGCUAACUAUAGGGGAUCUGACUCAGAGAAAAAUGACUUAAUUGAUUUGUACAAGAAGUGCAAGGGUAAUAUGGACAGGCUUUUUUGUUCAAUGCUUUGUUCAGAUCCUAAAUUUGAUUCACAUCGAUUCAAGGAUAUACUUGACGAGGCAAUUGCUGCUGGAGAACUAAAGGAAACAAAAGCUUACCAAAAAUGGGCAAAGAAAGUAUCUGAAAUCAAACCACCAACUAGUCCUUUAAAGAGGAGGGCGGAGUCCAGUAAGAAGCCAGAAACAGAUCUUUAUGCAAUGAUAGCACAACGCCAAAAUCAGAGGAAAGAUCGAUUUGAUUCAUUGUUCUCAUCACUGGCUUCAAAAUAUGGUGGAGGUGAUAUGCCUGAGCCCUCUGAAGAGGAAUUUGAAGCUGCACAGAGAAAGCUGGAUAGUGGAAGAUCCUCAAAAAAGGCAAAGCAAUCAAAGCGGAAGUAACCAGCAUGUAAUUACGUGUAUAGUUUGUUUUUCUUAACUUAUUUCUGUGUGCAUGAUCUCAACUCCUGUUAGUGUAGUAAUAGUUCUUUUCUGUUGAACUAUUAUGGUGUUGCUUUUAAAUGUGUUGAAUUGAAUAGUUAUUUUCAAGUUGAAUGCAACCUUUUUACUUGUGAGUUAA